AUGGCCAAUGGUGUCCAGCCUUACUCCGCACAGCCUCUCGGAAGCGCUCGCGUGGCAAAUGUCAUGAUGGGGGCCCAACGCCGGGUGAUUGAGGCUCAAAGACUCGACGGUCUAUGGACCUUGCGCGAGCCACUGGAGUCCAAGGCCCCGAGCGCGCAAGUGAGAGACGCUGGAUUGGUUGUACCGUGA